UUUAAUAAUGUAUUUAUUGUGGUUUAAUAAAAAGCUUAUUAUAUAUUUAGAUGGACCAACCUAUUUCUCUAAGGAUUCUAAGAAUCAUUCUAGUGAUGACAUGUGGCUACAAAAAAAUGUUGCAAUGCUUCUCAAAUAAUAUAUAGGGGAUGUUCAGAUAUUAAAAACAAAAUAUCUUAUUAUAUAAAGUUUGGUUCUUAAGUAUAAAUUUAGUUAUGUUUACUUAACAAUCCAAAAGUUUUAAAAGUCAUUAAUUGAAAAUUUUAGCUUAUAUAAAAAACCACUGAAUAACUAUUUCAAUUUGAGAACAUAAGUUAUAUUUCAUAACCAAAAGUAAAUCAUUCAAUCCAUUAGUCCCUCAAACCGAGUUGUGGAAGGGAAGCAGACGAUGAAUCUUGUUGCUCUGGUCCUCCUGAUAUUACACAUUUUCAUUCUUUCAUGUGUAGAUGCAGGCACAGUCGUUUUGAUGAAUUCCAACAUCACUCAGUCUUUCGAAGACAUGGAAGGUUAUUUCUCUCCAUCAGAAGAGGCUACCGUAGAAACCGGAGUCCUUUACGUGGCUGAUCCUCUCGACGCAUGCCAAAAGUUGAGGAAUAAACCGAAGCAGAGCACUAACGGUACUUUCCCUUUCGCGUUGAUCGUGAAAGGAGGCUGCAGUUUUGAGCACAAAGUCAGAAACGCUCAGGGAACCGGUUUCAAAGCUGCCAUUGUCCAUGACGAUGUGGACCGUGACUUCUUAUUAGCUAUGGAAGGAGAGGAGUACGGUAUCAACAUUCAAGCGGUUUUUGUGACGAAAGCAGCAGGAGAAACACUCAAGAAAUACGCUGGCAUGGCGGAAACAAGAGUCAUGCUGGUCCCUAGUUUAGAGGACUCGGGGUUGUCGUUGUUAGCGACCACAGCAUUGGUUGUAUCGUUGGGCAUGUUCGUUGUUCUGACCACUUGUAUUUACAUCUGUAGACGUUGUACAUCACCUAUAACAUCCCAGUUCCAUGGAAUGAGCAGUAGAACGGUAAAAGCAAUGCCGAGUGCUACAUUCACUUCUGUGCGCGGAUACACCACAACAGCUCUGUCUUGCGCUAUCUGCCUCGAAGACUACAGUGUUGGGGAGAAGCUCAGGGUCUUACCUUGCUGUCACAAGUUUCAUGCCACUUGUGUAGACGUGUGGCUUACAUCAUGGAGAACGUUUUGCCCUGUGUGUAAACAGGAUGCAAGAAUAAGCACGGACGAGCCAUCAGCUUCAGAGAGCACACCGCUCCUUGCAGGAUCAUCUUUAGUGCAUAUAGACCCUCCUCCUGUGGGAUCCUCACUUUUGCCCACGACCUCGUCCUACAGUCAACUAUCUUUCAGGUCUUCUCCCUCUCAUGAAAGCUGGCCAUCGCCAAUAAAUGUCAGCCAUAUAUCUGCGGAUUUCAGGCAACAAGCAGCCUCCCCGUUGCGGUCUUCAUCGCAGAGAUCAUACAUCGCCUGUAUAGGCUCGUUGGACUCACCAUUUUACUCGAACAUAGCAUCUCUGAACGAGAUGAUGCUACCAUAUCAGACUAGCCCAAGCAAUGCGUCCCCUGGGUUUGUCCAAUCAAUAAGGCAUCAGUUCAACUCUUCGCUUUCCAGGGAAUCAGAAGGUUCAUCAUCUCAUUUCGCCUCUGCACACUCGCCGGAAGAAUGUUAGACCAAAGAUUCGAGCAGACACCAUGGACUCUCUAGGUCCGGUUUGGUUCAUCUAGGAUUCUUUUGCUUUUAAUAUUCUGUCUACACAUCAAAUCCUUGGAAAGCUAUCUAUUAGCCAAUAAGGAUAGAUGAUCUGUAUAUUACCUCUCUGUCCAUGCAUGUUGGUUUCACUCUUUUUUUCUUUUGGGGUUUAGUUCGAUCGAAUCUGAGAUUCAACUAAGCUACAAUGUCGAAUGAUUUUAAAGACUACAUAGCGCAAAGAGGCACCAGAUUCUAAAGUCAGUUCACUC